UAUACGUAACAUACGUGCAUACCUAUUGACUCGACUCCAAUUAAUAUGGGAAUUAUGAUCGGGCGAAAGAAAUUACGAAACUUGAUCGGUAUUAUCAAGGACAAAGCCUCACUCACCAAAGCUAUUACUCUUUCGACAAGCCGCCACGCAUCGUCUAUACGCGUGACCAUCAUAUGCGCCACCACACACGAGCCGUCGUCUCCCCCUUCCGAGAACCACAUCUCCGCCGUCAUCGGCGGCGGUGGCCAAGAAUCCCGCAGCAUCUCGAGUACGUGCAUCAACACACUCAUGGGGCGCCUCCACGCCACGCGCAGUGCCGCCGUGGCACUCAAGUGCCUUCUCGUCGCUCAUAACAUUGUUUCCAGAGGCUCCUUCAUCCUCAAAGAUCAACUCUCCUUCUACCCUUCCUCAGGAGGUCCAAACUUCCUCAACCUCUCCACCUUCCGCGACAAAUCGGACAACGACACGUGGCAAAUGUCGUCGUGGGUUAGGUGGUACGCCGCCGUGGUGGAGCAAAAUCUCAUGGUGUCUAGGGUUAUGGGAUAUUAUCUGUGUAAUAAUUCUUCUAAUUCGGAUCACAACAAUAAUAAGGUUUUGGCACUGUCAAGCUGGGAGGUUUUAUCUGAGGUUGACGCUCUUGUGGACUACGUGGAAUGCACGCGCGAUGCGCCUGAUUCUUUCAAGAAUGCGACGAACGAUUUGAUAUAUGACGUUUUGGAGAUGGUGGGUAAGGAUUACAGGCUGGUUCAACGUGAACUGUCGGUCCGAGUCAAGGAAUUCGGAGAUAGAAUACAGGGUUUGAAUUCUAGCGAGUUGACUCGGUUUCUAGAAGGUUUGAAGAGGCUGGAGGAUGGCAAGGAGAGUUUAUUGUCGUUGUUCAAGAAGAGAAGAAGUGAUGAUGAGUUCUGGGAUUUGAUUAGUCAGGUUAAGAUGAGGAUUUUGGAAAUGGUGAAGAAAAGAGAGCAGGAGAAGAGGCUGAUGAUCACGUGGGUUGGGGGAGAAGAUCCGUUGCAGAGAAAGUCAACUAGGUUGAGUGUGCGACGAGAGGCGUUGUUCCGGUUGCCAUCUAGUGGUGGUUGGUCGAGUAGUCUUGGUCUAACGCCUGUAAGUCUUUGAACACUACUUUUGGUUAAUUUUUGGGUCAUGUAUAUAAUUAUUGGUUCAGAAACUUAUUUAAUGAGUUAAUUAUAUUCUUAUAUCAA